AUGUCUGUGCUCCGGCGGAUGAUGCGGGUCUCCAAUCGCUCCCUCCUCGCCUUCAUCUUCUUUUUCUCCCUCUCGUCGUCUUGUCUCUACUUCAUCUAUGUGGCUCCGGGCAUCGCCAACACUUAUCUCUUUAUGGUACAAGCUCGUGGAAUAAUGUUGAGAGAAAACGUGAAAACCAUAGGCCAUAUGAUUAGGCUGUACACAAAUAAAAACAGUACACUCAACGGCACAGAUUAUCCUGAAGGCAAUAAUUCAAGUGAUUAUCUUGUUCAAACAACAACGUAUCUUCCAGAAAACUUCACCUAUUUACCAUACCUUCCCUGCCCAGAAAAACUGCCUUAUAUGCGGGGAUUCCUCAAUGUCAAUGUAAGCGAAGUUAGUUUUGAUGAAAUUCAUCAGCUCUUCUCCAAGGAUUUAGAUAUUGAGCCAGGAGGUCACUGGAGGCCUAAAGACUGUAAGCCUAGAUGGAAGGUGGCAGUUCUCAUUCCUUUCCGUAAUCGCCAUGAACAUCUUCCAAUUUUUUUCUUGCACCUGAUUCCAAUGCUCCAGAAACAACGGCUAGAAUUUGCCUUUUAUGUCAUUGAACAGACUGGCACGCAGCCUUUUAACCGUGCAAUGCUCUUCAAUGUGGGCUUCAAGGAGGCCAUGAAAGACAGCGUCUGGGACUGCGUCAUCUUCCAUGAUGUGGAUCACCUACCUGAAAAUGACCGCAACUAUUACGGCUGUGGAGAAAUGCCACGUCAUUUUGCAGCAAAGCUGGAUAAGUACAUGUAUAUUCUUCCAUAUAAAGAGUUUUUUGGUGGUGUAAGUGGACUGACAGUGGAACAAUUUAAAAAGAUCAAUGGUUUUCCUAAUGCCUUCUGGGGAUGGGGAGGAGAAGAUGAUGACCUUUGGAAUAGAGUCCACUAUGCUGGUUAUAAUGUAACCAGACCAGAGGGAGACUUAGGAAAAUACAAGUCUAUUCCUCAUCACCAUCGAGGUGAAGUCCAGUUUUUAGGACGGUACAAAUUACUAAGAUAUUCUAAAGAGCGUCAGUACAUUGAUGGUUUGAACAAUUUAAUAUAUACACCAAAAAUACUGGUUGAUAGGUUAUAUACAAAUAUUUCUGUAAACCUCACGCCAGAGUUAGCUCCCAUCGGAGACUAUUAAAAGAAGUAGCUCUCAUGGCAAGAUAGACCCCCAACACUGGAUGGUGUGCUCGGCGUUCACUCUUAAUGGAGGUCAGUGAUGGGAUGGUGAGCGAUGGAACACAGCGAGUGCCCUGUUCCCUGAGAAGAGCCAGCAGUCCUCAGUGUGUGCAGCGUGGGACUAUAAACAGUCGCCGCCUUCCACCCUUCCUCUCUACCUUGAGACACCCCCAUGGUGAGCGCUGCAGAACCCAGAAGCCAUUGCUUAAGAUUGGAAGUUGAGAGAGCUCCUUACAAAGAGAACACUUUUAUACUAAAAUCUAUAAUUUAAUUCAAGAGAAUGCUUUUAUUUCCGUUUAACCUAUUUUGUACAUAUGUGAUGUAAAUUAAUGUGUUCAAAUGGUUGAAAAAUAGGAUGUGUUGCAGUUUUGCAUGUAAUUGGUUAUGCCUCUAUUGGACUUUUAUAGACCUUUUUUUAUUUGCAUGGAGAAGAACACUGUAAAUUUAUGUCACUAAACAAAGGUUAACCCUUGUGUGAAAUGAAGGAACUGUCAAUAAUUGACAGCCAACUAAUACAGUCAACUGUUAUACUAGUUUUAAGCUUUAGAUCUUCAGACUUUCGUGGGGAAGAAGUCAUAGCUUUCCUAGGGCUUUAAAGGGAAAGAAAGGACCUAAACAGCUUUUCUUCUGAACAGGAUUACUUAUUUUUUUCCUUGCUUGCAAUUUCAUCAGAUUUUGCUAAGUCACAACCAUAUCGUUUAUGCAUAUUGCAUGAGUAUUACCAAGAAAAAUUCAAAAGUUGUGAUGUGACAUGAUAUAAAGGACCUCUUUACGUUAAAUGUCUCUCAUGUACCUCUCGUGAAAGUGUCAGGGAUUUUGUGCCUAAAAAUGUAUUCCCGAGGUGGUGGUUACUACACUGUAUUUUUUUUUUUAAUUCAUAGAGUAGCACCUCUUUAUUUUCAGUUCAGAAGAGCCAAAAAUGUAGUUUUUUUUUUUUUUUUAAAGAAUGAUCUAUGGAAAACCCAGUAGUGCUUAUAAUAUACAAAUGAAUUAUACUAUUAGAUAAGAAAUGAAAUGUUCUAUUUUUAUGAAGAUAAAGGCUUAGAUAGAUACAAGUACAUUUUAAGUUUACUUCUUAGACUUACAGAUUUUCACUUCUGGAAGGGACCCUUUAAUGUCACCAGUUUUAUUCAAACCUUUUCUUUUUUUUAACUCAAAAAAAUUAAAUGGUGUUAAUUAUUAAGAUUUUCUCACUAAAAGUAUAGUUUAAUAAAAUAAUCUUAAAAUAUGUUUCAGUUUAUUAAAGGCACUGUUACUCUACUUCUCUGCAGACAAUUCUUACUACCCAGUAAUCAAUUAUAUUUAUCUUAAAUUUGGAUAAAAUUUUCCAAGAUAAAACUAAAUCAUCUAAUUUUGAAAAUGAUCAGUUAUGAAGAUUCUUUAGCAUACUUGAAGAUAUUUUCACAAAUCUUAAAAUAUUGCUAUCUGUAACGUGAGUCUUCAGCAACAGUGGAGAAUGAUAGGAUCUGUAUAGGAGAGAUGUUUGAAUAACAUUUACUUUGUGGAUUGUUCACCCAGAACAGAAAUACAGCUGCUUAUCUCAGGUUGUAAAUUUAAUUUCGAAGUGUCAUUUUCUGUAGCAGUAUUGUUAAUACAAAUGAUCACAAACCAAAUCAUAAAAUAAUUGAAAUUCUUAUACUGUGAGAAAACUGAUACCUACUCUGUCAAGAAACCAACCAGAAGUUCUCCAUGUUUAUUUCUGAGAAAUAUUUUCAAAAUAUGAAAAAAGCAUAAAUUUUUUUUAUGGUCUGCAAAAUAAUGAAAAAUCAAACCUUCUGAAAAUUUAAGAUAUUUAUACCUUGUUUGUAUUUUGGUUCAUGUUCUGGCAAAAUAGUUUUUUUAAUUUGAUGAAAUGAAGAAAAGUAGAUUGGGAAUGUUAACAUCUGUUGAUCACUAGUAAGAUAGUAGGGGCAUGGGAGCAUUAUUACAACAAUAAUACUGAAAUAGUUUCAUGACGGGAAAAAUUAGGGCGGUUUCUGAGCUUAUGGGGAGACAUAUUUUUCUUUUUCAUGUGGAGCUGUCCACUUUGGUAUCUUUUUAUUUUGAAAUACAUUUCAUAGUUUCAAGAGAACUUGGGACUGCUAGUAUCUGCCUUACAUUCUUGGGUCAAGUCUGACAUUAAUUUUUGAUUUCGAAGUGGAAUGUAAAUAUUUUUCUUUUGAUCAGUUUUGAUUAUGAUGUGUCAUCCCAUGAAAACACCUCAUUAGUUUUCUUCUUUUAUUUGCUUUUUAAGUGCAGACUUAAAGUGAGCAUUGCCUAUAAACAGUCGCCUUUAUGUGUCUGCAUAAGAGUCACAGAGCUUUCCCCAGGUAUCACUGUGUAACAGUGAACCUGCUCCGUGGAGACUAGCAAGGACGCUGCACAUGCAGAUGAUUUCUUUACAGUGUAGUUGGUGGCUGUGUUAGUGCCCGUUACUGACUGCGUACUCUGUCUCAGGUGCAGUGCUCGGUAUGUCUGUGGAAAAAGUACUAUCUCAUUUCUAAACUGAUCAACCCAAGGAACUUGAAACCUUUCUUAAAUUAUGAAGAAAUCCUGGUACCUUACUGCUUAUAUUUCUUUGUCUCACAGUCAAAAUACCUACAUGUGUGAACACAGAGCUAUUAGGAGAUCCCUGUGGCACUACUGGGAAAAUGAUACAGUGCCUUUCAUUUAGAGAAGAGGUAAUGAUUAAUGGACCAAUGUGUAGAAAAGAAGGAGAAGCGUAGACGCAUUUGCUUUAACAUUAUGUCUAAUUCACAGUAGAGCUAGUCAUUUAAUUUUUUUCCCCCAAACUAGGAUUUAAUAAAUAUCUACUGAAAUUAGAAUUUCUGUUUGUAUUUUGUGAAAAGACGUUCAGUAAGAAAACCUUGCUUACGUUAUUAUGUAAAUACAAAUGAUGUAGUAAAAAUUUGCUUAUGCUCCUUUCCCAGCCAAGAUAAUGAUAUCUGUUUUAAAGCAACAUGGAAAAAUAACCAGUACAGUAUUCUUCUGGAAGCUCCCGGCAAGUAAAAGCAGAUGUUUGUGUCAUUUUAUUUGGCCUUUGCUUGUCUCUGUUGUAUUUCUUUAAAUACUUUUCAAAUAAAUAGCUCUCGAGAUGUAUUGCCUUGGAUUUACAAGUAUGCCAAUUAAGGGAACUAAAAUUAGUUCAUCCUGUCGUUUAUCAGUAAGGGGAAAUAUACUUAAGAUUAUUUUAUUUAUUAAGAUACGAAAGGCUUCUACAUAAAUGCACUGAAAUAAAUGCUUAGUAAUUUCUUGUACUCUCUCUUUUUUUCUUUAACUUUUUGUUUGGUUUUGUUUUAUUUUUGCUUCUCAUGGAAAUGUUUGUACUUUUUUAUCAUUGUCUUUUAUGAAAUACAAUGUUCUAAAGAC